GAUUCAAUUAAUAUUUUAAAAAGAUUUAUCGCAGUUUUGGGAUUUUGUAUUAAAUAAAGCAGUUUUGGUCUUCAGUUCACAAACAAACACGAACAGCCAACGGAGCACAAACUACCUAUUGCUAAAACUCCGAUCACCGGAUGAAAUCUCCGGUGACCGGGAUUUCGCCUGAGAGAUUACUGCCCAACUUAUUCAGAUAGAUUCGAACCCCCAUGGAUUCGCCGGAGAAUAGCGAGGAAGAGCUGAGGGAUUGCGACGACGACGACGGCACCACUUUCCGUCGCUCGCUUCUCCGUUCCUGCUUCGCCGUCGCUUUCGCCUUCUUAAUCAUUCUUCUGCUUUCGUUUUCGGUUCUGUACUUCGCUGUUUUGAUCGGGAAUUUAUCAAUUUGGAGCCCGAUUUCGGUUCAGUCCCGCUGCAGAAUAGUUUCCAGCAGUGUGGAUUUGAGGUCAUCCAAGGUCUGUGAAUUAGGUCUUCUGAAUUAUAAAGCCAAACAUGUCUUUUACCCUUUUGAACGGAAAAAGUAUCGGUGCCAUUAUGACUACUACUGGGCUUCUGUUUUUGAGGUUGAAUACGUAGAUCAUUCAGGACAAGCAAGGUUCGCAUCAGCAGAAGCCCCAAAUGAAGCUCUUCCAUACAACUGUAGACCCAAUUUUGGUGCUGCCUGGUUGACCAAGGAUAAAUUUAAGGUAAAUGAAACUUAUGAGUGCUGGUACACUCUGGGUAUUUCUAAGGUUAAUAUAAAUAAUGAAGGUUUAUUCAAUUGCCAAGCUGAGGAUCCUUCUACUGUCGAGAUGCUUAAACGAUAUUCCAUACUGUUUACAAGGUUACUGAAGUCAUGGUUUUCCAGUUGGGGAUCAAUAUACCUGUGGAGAUGGGAUCUGAUAGCUGGAGUUAUUUCCGGCUUUAUAAUGUCCUUGUUAUCUGUUACCUUGAUUGGAGUUGUCUACCCAUUGAUAUCCAUCAUUCGUCGACUCUUUGCAUCGUGGACAUCCAUGUCUCACCCAAGUAGUAUUUUAUUAAAGCGAGUUUGUUUCUUUGCAGUGUAUUUUUCUUUUAUGAGUUGGGUCACCAUUCAAUACGUGAAAAGGCUUGGUCUGUCAUAGACGUGUAGAUGUUUACAUUAGAAAGGCACUUGAUUUUCCAGUAAUGCUGUUGAGAAGUAUGAAACCUGCAUCUCUAAGGCAUGAAAUAAUUUAACAGUUUUGUAACAGUACAGAAAGAAGAAGAAAUUUUAGCAAGUAGUCCGCUGGUUCUUGCCUAUCUAAGAGGACCAUAAAUGUAUAGUUUGUUUUUAUCUUGUAAAAAUUGUUGUGUCAUAUUAGUCACGAGAAUUUCAAGAAGAAGAGUUGAGACU